GUCAGUCGUUCAUCAGUGUGGAAGGAUGGAGUUCCAUCCACUCGGUGUAAUGAUCUUGCUUAUUUUACUGAUCCGAGUUGGACAAGCUCAAGCAAAUAAACCAGUUCUGUCUGUGCAGCCAAAUUCACCCCAAAUAUUCAGAGGAGAGAAAGUUACACUCACAUGUACUAUUCCAGGAGGAAGUGAACUGUACCACUGGUACAGAGAUGAUGUUCAUUUUCACAGAUCUGAUCAUUAUGUCUACAUUAUAAACAUAGAUCAGAGUCACAAAUACAAAUGUUAUGGGUCUGGUAAUGGACGUUCAACACCACUGAGUAAUGAAGUGACUCUCUCAGUGAUAGAGAGACCAAAAGCUGUUGUGACUCUUCAGCCUGAUGGACAGAUAUUCAGUGGAAAGAAAAUCGUUUUCACAUGUGAAAUACGAGGACAUGCAGACACUGAGUGGACGUACAACUGGUAUAAAGAUGAUGCUCAGAUUCUUUCUUACAUUGACAGGGAAUAUUCUUUUACUGCUAAAGAGUCUGACAUCGGUCACUAUAACUGCAGCGGACAGACGCAACGCGACUCUCAGACCUCAGAGACCAGCGAUGCAGUUACACUCACUGUGUCAGAAAAACCUAAACCUGAACUCACAUCAGACCUUAAAGGAGCUGCACUGACAGGAAACUCAGUGACUCUGUACUGUACACUGAAGCUGCAGUCUGCUGGAUGGAAGUUUUACUGGCGCAAAGACACACAGAGACGUGACACUGAGACUGAAACACACUUCUACACCAUCAGAUCAGUUAAUGUCUCUGAUGGAGGUCAGUACAGAUGCAAAGCUGGAAGAGGAAACCCAGUCUACUACACACACUACAGUGAUGCACUCUGGGUAAAUGUUACUGAGAAUCUUAAGCCUGUGGUGAUCAUAAAGCCUGAUAAUCAUGUGUUCAGAGGAGAGACUGUGACUUUUAGAUGUGAAAUACAGGGAGGAGGAGACACUGAGUGGCAGUACAGCUGGUAUAAGAAUAAUAACCCAUUAUACCACAAUACACAGGAGUUCAGCCUCAACUCAGUUAAACAUGAUAACAGUGGUAAAUACACCUGUAGAGGAUUGAGCAACAAUCAGAGAUCAGAGAUCAAUAAUGCUGUUACUCUCAUUGUAUCAGAUGCAGCAGAGGCAGUCGUGAGUGUGUCUCCACAGAGUUGGCUGACUGAAGGAGACUCGGUGACUCUAAACUGUGAGAUUAAAUCCUCCUCUACAGGUUGGAUAUUCAGCUGGUACACAGAUGUUCUCUACAGAGACAGUCAGGGUUCCUACAGGUACAGAACAGAGCUUCUCUCAGACAGCAACAGGGGAUCAGGAGGCACCUACACUCUCAGUACUGUUACUCUGAACCACACAGGGGUUUAUAUUUGCAGAGCAGUGAGAGGAGAACAAGUCUAUUACUCACAGUACAGCAAAGAUCAGCCACUGUGGAUUACUGGUGAAUCUCCUCCAAUGUCUCUGAUCAUCAAUCCCAGCAGAAGCCAACAUUUUACUAUUGACUCUCUCUCACUGAGCUGUGAGAACCAGAGAGACUCUAAUGGAUGGACAGUGAGAGGAUACACAAACUAUAUGACAUGGUUUGAUUGUUCAUCAGUUUCAGGAUGUAACAUCAGCUCACUUUAUACCACACACACUGGAGUUUACUGGUGUCAGUCUGAAUCUGGAGAACGCAGUAAUCCUGUCAACAUCACAGUACACUAUGGUGGUGUGAUCCUGGACAGUCCUGUCCAACCUGUGAUUGAGGGACGUCCUCUGACUUUACGCUGUUUAUAUAAAUAUCACAAUACAAAGAUAUCAGACACUGGUGUUAAUUUCUAUAAGGAUAAUUUGAUCGUUCAGAGCAAAAAUACAGGAGAGAUGACCAUCAGCAGUGUCUCAAAGUCAGAUGAAGGUUUCUACUACUGUAAACAUCCAGAGGGAGGAGAAUCACCGAAAAGCUGGAUUUCAGUCAGCUAUCAAAGAUCUGGAUACAAUAAUAAAGUAGUUGUGGCUGUAGGAGUGAGUUCAGCUUUGCUGUUUAUUAUCCUUUUACUGAUCCUGCUCUGGUGCUGUUGGCACAAAUCCAUCAAAGGAAAGGUUGGAGACAUACAGCAGAACAGCAAUCUGACACCAGGCCAGAACCCAGGAGCCGAGGCCUCUCAGUCAGGAUACACACCACUUCAGUCUGGAAAUGUACACAUUUAUGCCUCUGUGGAGAAUACAGAUAAAAGUGAGAAUUAAUUUUACAUUUAAGAUAUUUUGAUUUACACUUGAAGGAAUACAUUUCAAAUAAACACUAUAUAGUAAAUACAAACCAAACCCUGUCUAAAAAACAUUGUACUAUGUGAUUAGAUGAUGCUGCAACUAAAUCCAGUGGGGGG